CACAAAAAGAAUAAUUACUCCGGACCAUCACCUUUCAGGAACUCACAGAGGCAAUGUCCCAGCUAUCCACUGGACGAGCCCCUAGAAUAGAUUUAUUACCCAUGGAUUUGUACAGUCGUAUAUGGGUGUGAAACACACUCCCUGAUUCUAUGGGAAAUGAAGAAUCUGGAGAUCGGCUUGAGAAAACUCAAAACAAAGGCUUAAAGCGGGGUGUGAUAUGAACCGAAGGUGAAGGCUCGUCCCAAUAGCAGGCUCUGGGGAAAAGCCUUUCUUAUGUGGGGUCAUAUUAAGUGAUGAGUGAGGAAUUCAACCCCACCUUCUUUAACUAGUAUAAAUAAGGAAGCAUGCACAUCCUGUUGCAUCAAAUAAUCUUCAUCCUUCCUUGCUACCUGCCUCUGACAACUUUCUUGUACAUACUAAGUGCAUAAUCAUGUCAUACUUGGCACCAACCUAUACAAUUGGAGGGAAAGGAGGAAGUGAAUUUAAUUUUAAUGGUAUUACAAAUGGAGCCACACUAAAACAGAUCUGGGUGUGGGCUGGUGGCUGGCAGAUAAAAGCCAUCAAGGUUUGGCUAACUGAUGGUCGGUCCAUGCAAUUUGGUGAACCUGGAGGGAUGUUUUCACAGUUUGAAUUUGAAGAUGGAGAACAUUUCUCCUCCCUUUCACUUUGGGGAAAUGGAGCUGGAACACGUCUGGGUGCCAUCAAAAUCAAGACAAAUAAGUCCCGAGAGUUCUUUCCAAAAAUGACAGACUGGGGGCUGAAAACAGAAUAUCCAAUUGAUGUGGGUUCUGGGAUCUGCAUGGGAAUCAGCGGUAGUGCUGGUGCAGAUAUUGAUUGCCUAUGCUUUAAAUUCAUCAACACCAUCAAGUCUACCAAGCUAACAAAUGUCCAUUAUCCCACACUUCACAGUUUGUUACCUAAUGUGGCUGUUGAGGAAAUUAAAUCCAUGACGUACCAUAAUAAUACUACUGAAGCUCAAGAAUAUACAAUAGAAACCUCCAAAACAAUCACCAAAAAGUCAUCCUGGUCUGUUACCAACAAGCUGGAAGCCUCGUUUAAUAUGGAAGUGAAGGCAGCAGUUCCAGGGCUUGUGGAAAUUUCAGCUGGAUUUAGUCUCACAGUUGGAAGUGAGAGCUCAUAUGGUUUAGAGAACACUGAGGAGAAAACUGAGCUGUUCUCAUUUCCUGUUAAAGUUCCUCCAGGGAAAACCAUAGAUGUGGACAUCACUAUUGGCCGAGCUUCAUUUGAUCUCCCCUACACUGGAACAGUCCAGGUUACCUGCUACAAUGGCAGUGUGCUGGAGUUUAAAACCAGUGGAACCUACAAAGGUGUCACUUACACUGAUGCAAAAAUAACGGUGAUAGAAUCAGAAAAAAACAUGUAAAUUCUGUAUCAUCUGAAAGAGCUUGGCACAGACACAAAUCUUUAGACUAGCAAAUGAAUAGAACAAAUCUCAGUAUUUUGUAAACAUAUGGUAGGAUUGUAGCUACAACCUACUUCAUUUAGAAAAGUCCAAAGCUAGUCCAUGGAGCUCUUGUUCAUAAGUAUAACAACAGAUAAUUCAUAAUAAUACACAACCAUUAUGUAUAAGACAUGUAAUACAUUUAUUUUUAAAGAAGCCAAGUACCAAAGUACCUUACCAAGGUACUUAAUUCCAAGGUACAUAUCGUCGCUGUCGGGCGGAAUCCUCGUAUCUCCAAAACCAUUAUUUUUCAGGAAAUUAA